AUGCUUGAUAGAGAGAAGUUCUCUUGUUUGACUCGUAGUGCUGAUGUUCGUUUAUUGGUUCAAAUAAUUCAAAAACGAGGUGAAUCUCUUUGCUUACUUCAAGGUCAUAUUUCGAUUGCGAUUAGUAUGGCAUACCGUUUAGUGCUUAAUUUGUAUGGGAGGAGGCGGUUAGGUCGGUUUGAGAGUAUUAGUUGUUUGGUAGUUGGGUUGCUGAAUCUGAGUGGAAAGAUAGGAGGGUUGCGGCAGGCAAUGGGUAAGUUAGUGGCUCAGUCUUUGUACCAGAAAAGGUAUCUUGAGAGUACGGCUUGUAUCAAAACAAUUAGAAUAGAUGGAGUUGAAGUUGUUUUAUUUAGUGAGGCUGAGUUGACUAUGUAUCGUGAGAGUGUGCCUAGUGUCCUGUUGCAAACGGAAGUAGUGAUUAGUACUUUGUUAGAUUUUGAUUUUGCCUUUAUUGAUGUCCAUGCUGGGUUUGGCCCAAGAUUGCAAGCUAGUGAUUUACCGGCUAGUACUAAAAAGACGGCAUGGGUGCUUUUAUCUGAUAUGGUCUUUUGUGGUUUGGGUACUUUGUUUACUGCUGAAGUACUUAUGACUGGAGCUGAGUAUAUAGCUAUUAACUUGCAUAAUUAUGGGAGUAAGACUAAAGACUGGCUGCCCAAUCAUACUCCAUCGGGUUUAGUGCUUGAACUAGAAUCUGAAUUGAUGUAUGUAUAUAGGAAUAAUUGGCUGGCUUCAGUUGGGUUCAACCGGCACAAAUAA